AUGUGGCGCGAUGUCGGUCGCAGACUAGCUUACUCUCCUCAAAAUGGAGAAAGACGAAAGCUAUACAAUUGUGUGCCAGCCAACACUCAUGGACUUUGUUGGAACGACAUUGCCGCUCAAAGCUUGCAGGCCGGACUGCUUUCCGCCAGUCAGCAUAUGUCUUUGGAUGACAGCUAUUCCGAAACAUUCACAAAUUUGAAAGAGCUUGCGAACGUCCACUACUGA